ACACUGGUGCCGUGCCAUAACCAAGCUUGCGUGUUUGUCUCCCCACUGUAUAUCUACGUGUAAAUCUCGUGCAUCUGACCUACACAUGCUGACAAACUGCCGAGAGGGGGACGGAGAACGGAGGGAACCCAUCAGUAGUGGACACGAACAUGUGACAGUAACUGGGCCCCUCCUUCCGACCCCUGAAGAGGACUUUACCACAUAAUAUGACCCGACGUUACUCCCGGGACCUCGGCAGUUCGGUAAUACCCAGAAGCACAUCCGGUCACCACAGUACUGACUUAGGCGACGCCAUCUUGGUCUUGUAUCUUCAAUAGAAUGCGUCGUCGAAGUUACUCUGUUAAUUCUUCACGUCCCAGCUUUAAUGAUGCCUCUACUUCCGGCAUAUCACGACCAGAUAGCCUUAGUCUCUCUACUUCCGGUUCCGGUUACCGGUCAGCUUCCACUAGUGGACGUGUAACAGGUUUCGGUGCUGGACCAUCUGGUAAUAGCACUGCCAAUUCUGGGGUGACCUUUAAUACCGGUGCCUACAAAAGCACCGGUGGCGGGAAAUCCUUAGGCAGCGGGUACCACUCCAGUACAGGACACAGUAGUGAAACGCCACAACUCUAUGGCAGUAGGAGUAUAGCAGGUCCUGGUCGCAGUUAUGGUGGAGUCCGGGCCGGAACUAACGUCGCUAGUCUACUAGCGGUUCCACGUGCCCGUAGUAAUAGCGGUGUUCACGUUCCUAGUAUCGGGAGUGCCCGUGUUAGCUCAAGUGUCGGACCUAGAAUCCUAAGUGGGCGGUCAUCUGAUUCCAAGGUUGAUAACAUUAGAAAGUCUCCGGUCAGUCCGUCGUCAUACGACCGAGGGUACGGUAGCAUCGCCAGCAGCCGCAGUCAUGGCUCGCUUUACGACAACAUGGGGUCCGGAAAGGGCUAUGGCGGAUCUACCAGUAGGUACAGCAGCGGCCUAGGGACCAGUAGCUAUCUCAGUCCGACGUACGGCUCGCAAAACAAAAGCGGGUCGUCCUACGGGUCACCAACAAAAACCUACUCAUCAGGCUACCAACAACCCUCGUCAUCCGGGUCUCGAUACGGGUACGGCGGCGGUUCUGUCCGAGACCGGAUACAGAAAAUUUCGUCAGCGGAGACACCGCGCAGCACGGGCAAAGAUACCGGAACCAGUAUGUAUACUCCAUUAAGUAGUAGAGGGACCACACAGACAAGGGGAGACCAGUACGGAAGCGGAGGCGGAUACGACAAAUAUUCAUCACGGAGUGCGGGGUCUGACCCUUAUGGUAGCAAAUCUGGAUAUUUGUCAGACUAUGGUGGUAGUACAAGGUCAUAUAGUUCUUGGGACCGAGGGUCGUCAAGAUCAGGUCGCAGUUACGGAACUGCUAGCAGAGAAACAUCCCCUGUGAGUCAGCGAUCGUCACGAUAUGACUACGGUACCAAGGCUGCCACUCCGUCUCCGUACAGCACUUACAAAAGUAGUUCAGAGGUGUCGCCACCAGUAAACCGAAAGUACGACCGCCAGGCGUCACGAUCAUCGGACGUAGAAUAUUCUGCUAGGGACAGGGGUGACAGGUAUGAAAAGAGGCGGUCAUCACGUGACUUUAUCCGCCCGCCUCCUCGGAAGAAAGUUUCCGUGUCCUCCGACAGUGAUGAGGACGACAGUGCUCCCGAGGCGGAGAAAGAUGGCUUCAAGGGUCGGUACCUCAUAUCGAGGGGAACUUCACCGAUGCCUGAAAACGAAGCCCCAAAACGAGAUUUACGAUAUAGAAAGGACAAAAAGUCAGUUUCGCGGACCAAACGUAUUAGGCCACUGAGCAACAGAGACUCCCGGCGUGAGAGUCGAUAUCGGGACUACCGCAAUCCUACUCUCGUUGAUUGCUCUACUCAAACACACAUGGACCAACCCACCUCUCGCCGAAGUCGGCACUCGUCUGGCAGCUACGGCGGCGAAGUGAGCGGUGACCUGAGGGACAAGGCGGCGAUGGCUGCCUUGGCCUUGAUAGACAGUGGAGGUGGGGAUGGCAAAGACGAUUCGUUCUACAAGUAUCGAGAUAAGUUUGACAAAAACAAACAACCAAUGUCACCAGGUUAUAACGCGACGGAUAGUCCGAGGAGUAAACGAUUUUCGUAUCGCGAUACAUCAGCAAAAGACGAAUCAUUAGGGGAGAUUCCUCCCGAAAAAUCAUGGCGUCAGUCCGUGUACGGUACCUCAACGCCAAUGAAGAAAUCCGAGGAGGAAGAAGUACCAAGACGACGACGCCGGCAGCUUUCUAAUGUAGAGCCUGACUAUGAAAAUGUCGAAGAGGAUUCGAGGCCAAGCUCACGUCGGGGUGAAAGACGCUCCCAGGGAUCGGACAGGGACCGGCGCUCACAGCGUGAGAUGGCUCAGGAUUACAGUCGCUCCAACUCCCGGGACAGUCUUCUUGACGACAAACCCGCGCGGAGGCGGAGGCAUGGUAGUAAGGAGCUUCUGGAUGCACCUCCUGAACCGGAAGUUAUUGUCCAUACUCCGGAAGAGGUUCCGGUACAGCGACGAAGGCGGCACGGAAGUAAAGAACUACUGGAUGAUCCUGCUGAGUCACUGACUCCAGAGACCAUUUCGUUAAGAGACAGUAUUGAGAAAGUUCAGCAAUGGAAACAAAACCUACCGAAUCCAGACCCGUACUAUGAGGACCAUCCUCCUCCACAGCCUCAACCGCCGACUAGGCAUCUCGAGACUGGCUUCCCAAGGAGUGAUUCAGGCGAGUAUUUUUCUGCUCACGACUACCCUGUGAAUCCAAAUUCUAGACCAAAUGACGGUAAGGUCAUGUCUCCUGACAGAGGCAGGGGAAGAGACUCUCGUGGGUCGGGAAAUUAUGGUCGUGAGCAGGAGCAUGCUCCAUACCGUGAUGACUCCCCGGGGAGACAAAGGAGGCAAUAUCGACGCGAUGACUCGCACGAUAAUGUGUUUUCUGGUGACGAUGAGUUAGAUGGACAUUAUCGCAAAAAGGAACAUCGCAAGUCAGACCUGAACAGGGCCGAUGGUGAACACUACGCAAUCACCCGUGACGAGUCUCCCAACAGGUUGCGUCGCUCACACAGACCACCCUCUGGCGAUGGUGUACGGCGUUUGACGCGAGAAGGAUCAAGGGAAGACAAUCUAGAUGAUAGAAAGACAAGGAGGGAUGACCAUGAUCGUGGACACACAAGCGAUAGCUCUCAGUUUGGAUUUAAUCGGGAAAGUUCGCCAAAUCGGUCACAUCCACAGAAGAAGCCCGGGAGUAGACCAAACUCUCGGGAAAGCAUACUAGACGAAGGUCGUGUUCGACGAAGCACCUCCCGUGAGGGCAUGCUGGAUGAAGGUAAAGUGCGACGGAGCAAUUCACGUGAGGGUAUGUUGGAUGAAGGUAAAGUGCGGCGAAGCAAUUCACGUGAGGGCAUGCUGGAUGAAUGUAAAGUGCGGCGAAGCAAUUCACGUGAGGGCAUGUUGGACGAAGGGAAAGUAAGACGCAGCAACUCAAGAGAAGGAAUGUUGGAUAACGGUAAGCUUAGACGAAGUAAUUCGCGAGAAGGCGUCUUGGAGGAGAAGCUGGUGGAGUACCCCCCUGCAUACAGUCGGCCGGGACAGCUCGCCAUCUCCAACGAGAGCCUGGCACACAUGAGCAACUCGGCAUCCGCUGGAUCAAUCAACUCGAUUGUUCCAGACGACGGGACGCUUCAUGCAACAAAGUCACCUAACUCGAUUACAUCAAAUGAAGGACUUCACUCACCCGUGUCUCAGUCUCGUCUUCACGCCCCGUCGCCGGGGGCCAACAAAGGACUUCCAGACCUGGUACCCGGAGGACCCAAGGCAGGGCCGGAAGGUAAGGAUCAAAAGCGUCAGUUACAACGAUACGUCCGCCGUACUAAGAGUGGAUAUAUUGGCAAAGUACAAGAUAUUGACAGGUAUCUUGGACCCGCUAAUAAGGACGAAUCUGAAAGCGGGGGUUCGGCUAAAAAGACUUCCGGCACCGAUAAAUCUGACAGGCCCCCAAACCUGAUGGACACUCCUGUUCCCAAACAUCCUGACCCUCUCAAGCCAUCUCCCAAUGUCCCAGAAGAAAAGUUGGUGGACAUUGAAGAGCCUAAGAAGACCAAGUCGAUUCUGUCAACACGUCCGAACGCCUCGCGGAAGAAAGCGGAGCCUGUGACGUCAAUGGGGUCGCAGGUAGGAACCACUGGACAGCAGAUGUUCAACGUCCUCAAAAAGAACAAAGGGUCAGUAACCAUCACAGAUAUCCUUGAACUCUGCUAUGGGCGAGGUGCAGGAGGAAAGGUCAUCAGGGUACCUGGAGUCACUGAGUCGGACUACAGUUUUAAGGGAUAUGACACCGUCAACGAUCUUCUGGAGAGCUUGAACGUCAACGUCAGAAAGCUCGAGGACUGUGCUCUACAGAUAUACCGUUAUCACAAUGGUUCCCAGGGAGACUAUGGGACGUACAUGGACCUGGAAUCCACCGUAGAUGAACAGGCAGAUGAACUUGAGGGCUUCCAAGACCAGAGGAAGAAUGCACUAAUUUUGAGAACACAACUUACAGUCCGGGUACAUGCUGUAAUUGAAAAACUUUUAAAUUCCCAUGGAAGAGAACUACGAAGAGCCCUCUUCUCCCUCAAGCAGAUCUUCCAGGACGACAAAGACCUUGUCCAUGAGUUCGUUAACAAUGAUGGCCUUGACUGCCUCAUCAAGGUCGGUUCUGAGGCUGAUCAGAACUACCAGAACUACAUUUUACGAGCCCUGGGACAGGUGAUGCUGUACGUGGACGGCAUGAAUGGAGUUAUCAGUCACAAUGCUACCAUCCAGUGGCUCUAUAACCUACUCUCAUCUAAGUUUCGAUUGGUUGUGAAGACAUCACUGAAGCUGCUACUUGUGUUCGUGGAAUAUACAGAAACAAACACCAUGCUACUUUUGAAGGCCAUAAAUGAGGUGGAUCGCAAACAAGGCUCUCUGCCAUGGACAAACAUAAUUGGAAUCCUUGAUGAGAAAGAUGGCGGGGACACAGAACUUCUCAUAUACUCCAUGACACUGCUUAAUAAGGUGCUGAAUGCUAUCCCUGAUCAAGACACAUUCUACGAUGUUACGGAUGCGCUAGAAGAACUAGGAAUGGAACAGAUCACACGUAUCUACAUGAACAGGAAUGGUGCUGACCUUGACCUCCUCACACAGUUCCAGGUGUACGAGGCGGCCCUGCGUUAUGAAGAUGGAGAAGAAGAAGAUGCAGACCUGUCACAGUUAGACAGUUUAAGACGGACACCAAGAAUAAAGAGUGACCAGGACAGCGUGAGGAAAAGUCGUCGCUUCUCCAUGGGAACAGGUCCCAAGAAGAUGAACAAGUCCAAGAGUGCACCAGCUCUACCCGCAGAGGAGAUCGAUCCGGCCAACGAGUACAUGAAGGUCAAACAAAAGUCAAAGGAGAACUUCCUAUUAAUGCCAGAAGAACAACACGAUAAACUUCCAGAACAAAGACGGCGACGGCAAAAGCUUGAUGAACUACAACAAACAGUAGAGGAGGCUAGACCGCCCGAUAAGCUAGGAAUGCCUCAAAACGUUCAAGUCAAUGGCACAGCUGAACUCUCACCCAACAUACAGUCAGCAUAUGUUCCUCGCACGCGGAGAGACCGGCGGGAAAGACAGAAGUCGUUUGUGAAAGAGCAGGAGUUAGAACGAAUACGACAGCGAUUUCAAGGGCGCAAUCAUGCUGGCGAUCGAUCAUCUGUGUCCAGUUCUGCUUCAUCGAGCACAAUUAGUAGUGAUGACCAACAACAGAUCAGGAACGGUUACUCCAAGGAGUCUGGUUACCUUAGUAACGGUGAUUUGUCCCAAAGUCAGAAUGGGUUCGAGUCUAGAAACAAUGUUAUUAAUGACAGCCUGAGUAAUUCAGUGUCCCCCACGGGACCACCAGGCAAUAACUCAAGUAACAGUCGCUGGGCCAAAUAUUUACAGACAAAGAAAGAGGAGACUACGGACAAGUCACCCGAACCUCAGCCCGAAAAUGACCCGGGCGUGCUCAAACGACAUCCGUCACUCAAAGGUGAUAGCUUGUCUCAGCGAAAGGAAAACCUGCAGCAAGGCCACAUCGGUAAUGCAAUACAGCGAAUGCCUGUCGAAGGUUUUGAUGCUGAGGAUAAAGACAAUGUAACAACUAAUAUUAGCCGCUUUACGGAAAAUGGUGAAGCAGAAACUGGGCCGAAAGAGCUAUCACGCCCCACAGGUGAUCUCAGUGGACUUAUCAGUAAGGCUAAGGGUGAACUAUCACGGCAAACUGUUGCCAAGGAACCACCCAAACCUACCCAAACUCCUACCUCUUCCCCAGAAGUGAAAUUAACUGAAAGUGACCUACAAUGGGACAAGAUGUGUAAACGGUUAAAAAGACCGUUAAAAAUAAAAGAUUUAGACUUUACAGAUCUCAACGAUGAAGAUGACUGUGAUGUGUUCGGCUCUACGGCCCCAAUAGGCAUGGGUAUGGGUGGUUGUCCUCCUCCACCCCCUCCAAUGCCUGGUAUGGGGUUGCCCCCACCUCCUCCCCCUCCUCCUGGUAUGGGGUUGCCCCCACCUCCUCCACCCCCACCAGGUGCCCCACCCCCACCUCCUCCCCCAGGGAUGAUGGGCAGUCCAAUGCAAGCCCCUGGUGUAAAUGUAAACCUGCCUCCUCCCCCUGGUGCUACUCUGAAAAAGAAGAAAAAGACCCUGAAACUCCACUGGAGAAUGGUUCAACCCGAGAUGCCACAUCCGUCAACCAAAGGGGAGACAAUCUGGAAAGACAUUGUAGAGGUCAAGGUUGAUCCUGACAAGCUGGAACAUCUGUUUGAGACAAGAGCAUCAGACAUGAAACAAAAGGAAUUGAAAACUGAUACAAGUGGAAAGAAAGAGAUCUCUGUACUCUCUCCGAAACGGUCAAAUGCCAUCAAUAUUGGUCUGACAGUAUUACCACCUCCUCGGACAAUCAAGGCAGCCAUCUUAAAGAUGGACAACUCCAUCAUGAACAGAGAAGGAAUUGAGAAGAUCCUGACCUCUAUGAUGCCGACAGAGGAGGAGAAGGCACUGAUCCUGGAUGCCCAGAUGGGGAACCCUGAUAUACCCCUGGGGACAGCAGAACAGUUCCUCCUCACAUUGUCCUCCAUCAGUGAACUGCAGGCCAGGCUCUCCCUCUGGCUCUUUAAACUUGACUACGAGACAGUGGAAUCAGAAGUUGCAGAGCCCCUGAGUGAUCUGAAGAAGGGCAUUGAGGAGCUACUGAAGAACAAAACCUUUAAAUACAUCCUGUCUGUGAUAUUGACUAUCGGAAACUUCCUCAACGGUGCUCAGGCGAGAGGAUUCAGUAUAGAGUAUCUGACCAAGAUUCCUGAGGUGAAGGACACCGUCCACAAACACUCCCUCCUGCACCAUCUAUGUGUCAUCAUCAUCGACCAGUUCCCUGACAGUACAGAUCUCUACUCAGACAUUGGAGCCCUGGGCCGGUGUUCACGGGUGGACUGGGAUGAGCUUGGCUGUAAGCUUGAAAAGAUGGAACACGAGUGCAAAGGAUCAUGGGAUCAUUUACGUGCAAUCAUAAAACAUGACGGGAGUUCAAAUUCAAGUAUAAAAACAAAGUUGUCAGAAUUUCUUUCAGAUGCAGCAGAAAGAAUUAUGAUUUUAAAAAUUGUCCAUAAACGGGUCAUGCAAAGGUAUAACAAGUUACUUUUGUACAUGGGUCUUCCCCUGUCGAGUGCGCGGGAUCUCAAGGUGAACUCCUUCUGUAAAACCAUUAGUGAGUUUGCCCUAGAGUACCGGACGACGCGAGAGAAGGUCAUUCAGCAGCUACAGAAGAAAGCCAAUCAGAGAGAGAGGAAGAAGACGCGGGGCAAGAUGAUUGUAGAUACCGAAAAUUUCUCCAGCUCCAAGUCAAAGUCCAAAGAUGCUCAGAAUGACGAGGCACUGCAACGUCUCCUGUCCAAUGGUUACACAAGUGCCGAUGACAAGGGCAUGCCUGGCCACAAACGCAGGCAACGAGGUCCACUUGAUUCCAAAUCCCAGUCGUCGAGAGGCUGUGUGACAACAGACUCUGAAAUGUAUGACACGGGAGAUGAUGAGAUUCUGGAGGCAUGUGUGCGAACAGCAGCAGCACCCUCCAGUAGGCCCAAUAGGGAACGAAAGCGGUCCAGUAAACAUCGUAAAUCAUCUAAAGUAAAGUCCAAAAACAUAGAACAUAGGUAAUCGCACACUAGCCAUGAGACGGACGCUGAAGAGUGGGCUCACAGCAGAGGAAUGGGAAACAGUGGCUGCAUAUUCUGAUGCCGUUUAGAACUAAUUAAUUAUUAUCACAACAUGGAACCUUGGAAAUUGAUACAUUCGAUCCUGGACCAGAUCAAGUCGUGGUUUUUACUCUUGCCAUGCCUGAACCAGUGGGGGAGAUGUGGUCCAUUUAUCAGAAAUCUGUUCUCACGUUUAUCAUCAAAUCAAUGAAUAUAAAAUGGUUUCUAUUCCUGUUGUCAUCUUGUGGAGCGCUGUUGGCUGUUCACCUUCAGGCCAUCGGACAAGGAAAAGUGGCUCGAGCUGGAGAUUAUCUGUCUGCACGGCCUCGUGUAUAUACUGCAAUGUGUAUUCGUCAUGCAAACAAUUCAUAUGUGAUUAAUUCAAUAUUCAUUCAUUUAUGUGCUCUCAAGUCUUUCAAACAACCAAUAUUUUGCAUUACGACUCCCUACAUCCACAUCAUCGGCCAUCGACUGGAGUCUGGGGAUUCAUCAUUCAUCAUCUUGUACCGUCAUUUAGUGAUAUGAGAUUAAUUGUUAAUACUGGGGCAGGUUCUCCUGUAGUGAUGUGUAAUAUCUAUAGUUUGAGCAUUAUUUAUAUUAUUUUGUUUUAUCAAAUACACAAGCUUGCCUUUUUCAGUGUGUAUUUUGAGCUAUCUGUCUCAUUGUUUUAACUGUAGUGAUGAUGAGAAACAGAAUCAAAGCAAUACUUUUAUCUUCCUUUUUGCGUUAACUCCUGGGAUUCAUUUCUUGCACUAUUUUAUGGUUUAUUAGAAUAUCAAUAAAAGUUCUGAUAGUUAGAAGCAAAAUAGAGAAAGUUACGGAAAGCAUUCUCAUUCAAAUAUAAUACCAUAUUCAGAAAUUAUUUACUUCAGGGAAACGUUCAAUAUUUUAAAGUGUGUAUAAGUAUAUACUUAUAUAUAUAAUAUAUAUUAUGUACAUAUUUGUGUAUCUUAGACAAAUCCAUCAGCGUUUUAUAAACACAUUAUCCAUAUGUAUGCUGUUAUUAUGCUGCCUUCUAGUCAACCAUUUAAAACCUUCCGUAUGCCGAGACAAGUCUUGUUGAUGUGUUAGAUUAAAUAGCUGUUUCUGUCAGAUGCUGAGUGCUAGAUCUGUGUGACUACUUUGUAUAACAGUGUGGGGCGUUAUUUUAUUGUCUUCAUGUUCAGUGAAAACCGAAAUAUACACCAAAAGCUACUAGGGACACAAAUAUACAGACCAUGUGAAAAAGUGUGUUAUUCAUUUUUAACACAGAAAUGAAAUACAUGUAUUGAUGAAAUGUUAUGUAAUGUGUGGGAAAAAAAUCUUGUCCAUGUAGAAGAUAAUAUUCACCAAGAUUGAUGACAUAAUUGUUAAGAAAAACAAUCCUCUCUUUAUUUAUAUGGAAGAAAAAUGAAAUAUUCAUCCAAAUUGAUAUUGUAUAAAUAUAUCGGUAAAACAAAAUAUCUCAUUUGAUUAUUGGAAGAAUGAAGUAUUCACCAAAAUUUGUUCCAUAAUCUAUGUUCAUAGAAACAGCAUUGAAGAAAAAAUGACAACAAAAACAAGACUGAUUUUUGUAUUGUAACAAAGAGGAAAAGUGUAAUAUUAUAAUAUAAUGUUUAUUUGUGAGUGACCAAAUACAUUUGAUGUAUAUAGCUGUAUUACAAUAAAUGAAGAGCUAAACCAAAUAAUUGUAUAUCUAUAAUCUGUUGAGUGGUAAAUGAGACGGGGGUUUACCAUUUAAAUAUUAACACAAUGAUGUUGAAUUGUGAAGUAUUUAAUUGGUGUCAAGAUUUUGAUGCAGAUUUGGUGUGGUUAUUUAUUAUUGUAUCAACCAACAUGAUUUAACUACUGCUGUAUUAGUCCAACUUCCCAUGUAAUCAUUCUGUAUCAAAAUUUUAUGCGUGUGUAAUUUAACGUAUUUAUAAUCUUUGUCACAAGUAAAAAGCAUUUAACAAGUCUACUGAAAUUAUUCAGCAGAAUUCUAAUAGAUACGCUACUCCAAUAUAACCUGCUAUUAACAGCUAAUGGUUUUUACGAUAACAAAUUUUCUGCUAGGUUGUUUCUGCAACAAAUUCACAAAAUGGUUGUUGAUACGGAAAUUUAUUUUAUAAAUUUGCAUUGAAGUCCUUUUUUUAAACUGGCUAAUGUAUGAACAUGUCUUGAUGUAAAAAAGAACAAGUCUUUAAAAUAUUAUAUUUUUUGUUAAAGUUUCUAUAUAUCUGAAAGUGCUGUAGAUGAUCAUAAUAUUUUCUAUCUUAAUAGAUAAAUGUUACACCAUGUGAUAAACGUUUCCCACACCAUGUGAUAAACGUUUCCCAGAACAAUGAACUGUUUUAUCUGUGAUUGAUCUAGUUUUACAGAACCCUUUUUAUACAGUCCCCUACUUGUACAUAAACUGUCUGUACAGUGGCUUUCAUGUUGUCGUGAUAUUCUUGGAAUCUCAAUCUAUUGUACAUGGAACCCAAGUGAUAUUGUAAGACCUCGGACGCCUGUCUGUCAAUCAAUCCUGUCAGCUAGUAUGCCUACAUGUGUAUUUGUAAAUGAAGUACUGUAUAUUUCCUGCCUAAUUUAUUUAUUAACAAGUUUUAUCCUGUCAACCUUUUUAAUGGUUUCUGAUCAAACUGCUGAGUUUUUUGACACCAUGAUCAAUUGUUUUAACAUUUUAUAAGAGUGAAGUUGUGUUCAUUAUAGUUGAGGUAAUGUUUUUUCUGAGAAGUUGUUUUAAAUUUGUAUUUUCUUUGAAAGAAAUUGGUUGAAUUUAGGUGGUUAAGUUGAUUUCAUGGCCAAAGUAUAACCCUUCUUUUAUCGUUAUGUCAGUUGCACUCGAGUGUCAAAGGCAGGUAAUCUGCCCUAUCAGUAUUACAAGGCUGUACCACCAGGUUUGUGUGUUGACUUGCCCUCUAGCGGGUAUGUAUGGCUGUAUUAGUAUUCUAACCUCAGUCAUGCCUCUAGGUACUGCCAGGUUUCGUUCAUUUGUAUAGACUGCAUAGCAGCUCCUUUCAGUUAUUGUCAAUGAUACACUCUGUGGGGAUGGCAGCGAUUUGUCUCCUGUUUGACCUUUAACCUCCUCACUCUAACCAUGCUUCUGUGUUGUGGUCCUCACAAACUAGUCACUUUUAUUUGUUAUCCAUUGUGUAUGUUACCAUGCCGACUCAGCGACCAUGCAGUGUCAUGGUCACAUGAUUGUGUAAAUUUUGCCAUUCAUUAAACCGGAUUGUCUCUCACAAAGUGUGAACAGAUGUCUAUUCCACUAAAAUUAUGUUUUAUAUAACUAUUGCAAAUUCCUGCCAUAUUUUGUGUACUGAUUUUUUCUUGAACAGAAACUUAGAAACAUUAAAGGAUUUGUAUAAAAGGA